AUGAACCUGCGCGGCUUGGUGCCAUCAGACAGGGAGCUGACGGAGGAACAGCAAACCCAGAUUCAUGACCUCCAGGCUGAAAUUGACGAGAUUUGGAAUCGGCGCGGCGACUACAAAAUCGACGACAAGGCUUGGGAGAACAUGCCGCUUUUCAUGGAGAACAUCACAGAGGAGGACCUGCAGAAAAAUUCGGACUGCGCUGCUCUCGCCAGCAUCGCAUACGACGAGGUCCCAGCGGAGGAUAUUGCGGAGAAUAGGAAGCAGCACGGCAACAAGGCCAUACAGCUCGCUCUCAAUCCAGAGCAGGUCAACAAGGAGAACCUCGCGCGUGCGGCCGCCCACUGCUACACAGAGGGGCUCAACGCCAAGUGUAGUGACCCUGUCUUGAAUUCACAGUUGUACGCAAACCGCAGCCUAGCGCAGUUCAUCAUACAGAACUAUGGGCACGGCCUCGAGGAUGCGCAGCGUGCCAUCAUUCUUAAUCCAGAGUACAGCAAGGCGUACUACCGUGCCGCACGGUGUGCGGAACGUGUGAAGAAGUACGACCUCGCACUGGACCUACUGUCAAAGGGCCGGCGUACACAACCACCGCCGGAGGACCGUGCACUGGAGGAAUUUGCCGAGCUCGAGCGUGUGUGCCGCGAGGGAAAGGAGAAGGCGCAGUCGAAGCACAAGAAGGACAGCGUUCGUACAAGGGCACGGGCAGCAGAGACGUCAAACGUGCUGCGCGCCAUGACGUCUUGCGGUAUUCGCGUGGCACCCACGCCGGAGGUGACCAGCGAGCAGAUGGGCGUGUACGGACAACACCAGCCGUACUUCGACACUGACAGCCUCCUGCAUGUGCCUGUCCUCUUCAUGUACGAUGAGUACCAGCAGACUGAUUUUAUGCAGGACGUCGCGUGUGAUGUGAGCACGGCGGAGCUUCUCGAGGAGCUGAUGCCGUUCCCAUGGGACGACCGUGGCCGCUACCGUCACAUUAAUGAUGUUGUUGUUAUCUUUAAGAUUGACGACGGGGUGAAGAUGCCGGAGUACUACGAGGUAGACCCGUCGUGGCCGCUCCUGGAGGUGUUUCGCUCGGGAUCAUACCGGAUGCCGACACUUCUGCCUGUUCUGCAUGUUGUUUGCAGGAGCUCGGAGCUGCUGCAAGAGUGGAACCCCCAGAAGGCUCUGUAG